UUACUGUUGACCGGAAACUGAAAGCUGGUAUAACCGGAACCUAAGCCUGCAGCUUUCUUCCGUGGAAGCUUCGUCGGUCUAUUUCUUGCUCAUUCUUUUGUUUAUUUUGAUUAACUUAAAAAAGUUACAAUGUCCGAAAGAAAAGUUUUGAAUAAAUACUACCCACCGGAUUUUGAUCCAGCCAAAAUCCCCAAACUCAAACUCCCCAAAGAUCGUCAAUAUGUGGUCCGAUUGAUGGCUCCUUUCAACAUGAGGUGCAAAACAUGUGGUGAAUACAUCUACAAGGGUAAGAAGUUUAAUGCACGAAAAGAGACUGUGCAAAACGAGCUCUAUAUGGGAUUGCCAAUCUUCCGUUUCUACAUCAAAUGCACUCGGUGUCUUGCUGAAAUCACAUUUAAGACUGACCCUGAGAACACAGACUACGCCAUGGAGCACGGGGCAACACGAAACUUCCAGGCGGAAAAACUUAUUGAAGAAGAAGAAAAAAGGAUCCAACAGGAGAGGGAGGAUGAGGAGCUGAACAAUCCCAUGAAGGUGUUGGAGAAUCGCACCAAAGAUUCCAAGAUGGAGAUGGAGGUCAUGGAGAACCUGCAAGAGCUGAAAGAACUGAACCAAAGACAGGCCCAAGUGGACUUUGAGGGAAUGAUUGACAAAUAUAGAGAAAUUGAAAAGAGAGAAAAGGAAAGGCAGAAAGAAGAGGACGAGCGUGAGACGAAAGAGAUGUUGGAGCGGGUUCUUGUGAAAAGACUCAGAGACUCGGACUCUGAUUCAGAGAAAGAAGAGGAGAGCAGGAGUGAGUUGAAGAAGUCCAAUUCAGACAAACCGACUGACAUCCUCACCUCUGACAAACUACCUGAAACCGAGGGAUCCUCAGCUUCUGGAGUGAAAAAGGCUAAAGUAGAAACCUGGGAGAGAAGUGUCGGGACGUUGGGAGCUCGAGGGUCACUGAGUUCACUGGUGGUGCGAAAGAAACCAGGAGACACCUUAAAGAAACCCGCCACCGAAGAGGCAAAUGCUGCUCCCACUUCACAUACAGAUUUGAAAGUGAAUUCAAUUCCAAAUGGAUCUUCAUCUCUGAGCCUGUUGGGGGCGUAUUCCGGCAGUGACAGCAGUGAUGGAGAAUGAUGGAAGCGGCCUGAAUGCAAAAACAAACACUGAAAAGAACAUAUGUACAGUUUAAUAGACAGUAAUCAUUUUAAUUAAGCCUGUUAUCAUUUUAUACAGCUUUCUCUAGUAAGUAAAGGAAAGGCAAGUUAAGAACAGAUCUUGGGGUCGACGACGUCGCAACUCCAGCGCCGACGUAGAGCAAAAGAAGAAGAACAGAUCUGUCUCAGAAUUCAAUUUAGAAAAAGCUGUACCUUUAUAUUUUUCUGUAUAAAAAAUUGCCAAAUGAACCUACGCAUUUAUUGAAAGCAGUUAAUCAAAAAAAAUGUUCUUUAUACCUUGAGUGCUGUAUAUUUCAAACGUUUUAAUUUUUUUAAUUUGUGUAUAUUUUCAAACUUAACUGUGAUUCCCCGAAUCUUUUAAGUCCAAUAGAGGUGAAUAAAUAUGCUGCUUUGUGUGAUACAAA